GCAAAAUACACCGAUGUUUGAUGAUUGCGCUUCUAUUAUAGACUACGUCUUGGUAAUUCUUUCUAUUGUAUUCUUAGCCAACAUAUUUUGUGAAUUUUAAAAUGGCACCAAAAAGGGGUAAAAUUCAAAAAGAAGAAGUUCAAGUCUCUCUUGGACCACAAGUUCGUGAAGGAGAAAAUGUAUUUGGAGUAGCUCACAUUUUUGCCAGUUUCAAUGACACUUUUGUGCAUGUUACUGAUCUUUCUGGAAGAGAAACUAUUGCUCGUGUGACAGGAGGUAUGAAAGUAAAGGCUGACCGUGAUGAAGCUUCUCCAUAUGCUGCUAUGUUAGCAGCUCAGGAUGUAGCAGAAAAAUGCAAAUCCUUAGGAAUUACAGCUCUUCACAUUAAACUUAGAGCAACUGGUGGUAAUAAAACCAAGACACCAGGUCCAGGUGCACAAUCUGCACUUAGAGCACUUGCUCGAUCAAACAUGAAAAUUGGACGAAUUGAAGAUGUUACACCAAUUCCUUCUGAUUCAACACGUAGAAAGGGAGGUCGUCGUGGUCGCAGACUUUAAAAAUUUAUAUGUAUGGUUUAUUACAAAGUCAUAAUAAACUUUUUUUUAAAUUAAA